AUGUCUCAGGCGCCGGAAUCGCCGCUUGAGACGAUGUAUCGUCGUCGUCCGUCAUUUAAACGACCACCUGUGCGUGCACGUUCUCUUGGCGAGUCCAUAUCCGACUGUGUCUACGAACAGAUUGGGGGAUAUAACCGCCCCUAUCGUCGUCGCUCACUUUAUGAAAUUGUUGUUAUAGCGCUGUUUAAACUUAUCUCUGGGUUGCUCAGUGUACUCCGUUUACCAGUGGAUCUCAUCAGACAAGCGUUCCGUGAGGUAAAUCUCUUGCUUACCCGGAAAUACUAUGACAUCCUGGCAGAUAAAGGAAGAAAAGCGAACCAAGAAGCCAUGAUUGCGAAGUUCAGAGCGAUGAACAAAGAGACUGCUGAACAUACACGAUGGAUGUUGAUGAGAAAAGCUGAGCAGGAGGCGGCUGAGCGUUACGAGUGGAAUGGCGACCGAUACGAUCCAAAUGAUCCUGACGAUCCAGACAAGAGAUUCUACAAUCUUCGCUCCCGUAACAUAGCCGCCUUUGAUACGGACUCGGAAGAUGAUGAAAUCCCAAGACGGAGGAAAACUGUGCGUUUUGAUACAGUUCCCAGCGAAGCAACCUAUGGUAGCACUGAUUUCCGAAGGAUGUCGAUGGCUUACCGUAUCGCCACUUGGCUUGGAUCUGCGGCUUCUUCUGUUGUAUACUAUAUGCUAUCUGUAGCCGAUUUCGCUGUGAAGUGUGUCAAAACACCUUAUUAUAUUCUUACUGGAGAGAUGGACAGCAAGUAUAUCACACCAUCGAACUCUAGAGAAGAAGUGAUACUGCAUGGACGUCACCCUCAUACUGUCAGAAGAAUGACUGCUGGUGCAGACGGUGAUUAUGAGGAUCUCGAUUAUGAUUUGUACACGGAAUCUGAACCAUCACCUCUUCUUUCACGAUUCACCUCCUUCUGCUCCACUGUACUGUACGCUCCGUGUCGUGCUUUCCUUUUCGUCGCCUUUGCGGUUGUGGAUUUGAUCCGUUGGUUGUACUCAAGGGUGACGGGAGCGCCUGGAUGGUUUUGGGACAAUUUCAAAUAUGUAGUUAGUGAGAUGGUUAGCAGGCGGCGACGCUGGUUGUGGUGGUUGUUACCUCUUGUCCUCCUGCUUCUCCUUCUGCUGUCACCUCGUAACAGUAAUGAUCCAUUGGUCAUUUUUGGCCAGAAAGGAACCUUCGUUCAAUAUGCCAAACGAGGAAAAGUCGGAAUGGUCAACUCUUUACAGUCCUUCGCAGCUGACCAAGUACCUCCCAACUACGCCCAAUCCAGCAAUGCUGAGAAGUGUUUUUACGAUCUUUUGAAUAAUAUCAAAUAUGUUGGUGUAUUAUUCGCAACCGGAGUACAACAUAUUAUUGCUUCGCUGUUUGACAUAGUCACAUAUCCUUUUACUCUAGUCCUUCCUGAGGAAAAACCCUUGGAGACGAAAACCUUCGAAGCAAAUGUUGGAAAUGUUAAUCAGUCUCCAAACAUUGUUUAUGUACCUUCACCGGCUUCAUCUAUCGAUGAGAAGAAAAUGAUUGAGAGGAUCACUGCCAUUAAAGCUCUUGCGGAAGUUGACUAUACCCACUUGGAAUCAUUAAUACAUGCGGCAAUAUCCGAAUAUGACAGCGACAAGACGGGAAUGUUCGAUUUUGCCUUGGAGAGUGCAGGUGCUUCUAUCAUAUCAACUCGGUGCUCGGAAAAUUACAAUACUUACUCUCGCCUUGAGAAGAUUUGGAACAUCCCUUUGUGGUAUUCUAGUUAUGGACCAAGGACAGUAAUUCAGCGCAACUCAAAAACGCUAUUCCCUGGAGAGUGUUGGUCGUUUAAAGGACCUGUUGGUUACAUAACCAUAGGACUGUCACACCCUAUCAACAUGACAAUCUUCAGUUACGAGCAUAUUGGUGGGUUGGGUUGCGAUGUUCUAACCCAACCAGACUAUCCUGUGAAGAUUAUUGAAAUGGAAAUCACGAGCAAUUACGGUGCCGAGUACACGUCCUUGUACCGUAUCCGCGUUCAUGGAUCCCUAUACAAGCCUGGGAAUGAGUAG